CUUCCGGUUGUGUGUCAUGGCGGCAUAGUAAAGCUUGCUCAAAGGGAAAAAUAACCAACCCGUACUGUCUUUUUUAGACAGCGGUUUGGGGAUUUAUUUCGGGCUUAACAUCGCCACGAACGUCCACAUUCGUAUUGGGAAUUGCAAGCACCCAUUAGCGGUCUCCAUCCGCUCGGCCAUGGCGGCACAUAAACCAGUGGAAUGGGUUCAGGCCGUGAUAAAUAGAUUCGACGAGCAGCUUCCCGUUAAAACAGGACAUCAGAACAACCACACCAAAGUCAGCACAGAGCACAACAAGGAAUGUCUCAUCAACAUCUCUAAGUACAAGUUCUCCCUCGUCAUCAGUGGCCUCACGAACAUACUAAAAAAUGUGAACAACAUGCGUAUAUUUGGGGAAGCUGCUGAGAAGAACCUCUACCUCUCCCAGCUAAUUAUCCUGGACACACUGGAGAAGUGCCUAGCAUCGCAAUCCAAGGACUGCCUACGCCUGGAUGAGACCAUGCUGGUGAAGCAGCUGCUGCCUGAGAUCUGUCACUUCAUCCACACAUACCGCGAGGGCCACCAGCACGCUGCAGAACUCCGUGCCUCCGCCUCAGGGGUCCUCUUCUCCCUCAGCUGCAACAACUUCAAUGCCGUCUUCAGCCGCAUCUCCACCAGGAUGCAGGAGCUGACAGUCUGUUCAGAAGACACUGUGGAUGUCCAUGAUAUAGAGCUCAUGCAGUACAUCAAUGUGGACUGCUUCAAACUUAAAAGACUGCUCCAAGAAACGGUAUUGAAAUUCAAAGCCCUGAAGAAACCUGCCCAACUUGCUGUCAUUAACAGUUUGGAAAAGGCCUUUUGGAACUGGGUGGAGAACUACCCUGAUGAGUUUACCACGCUCUACCAGAGACCACAGACAGACAUGGCAGAUGCUGCGGAGAGGCUGUUUGACCUAGUGGACAGCUUUGCUGAGAGUGCCAAGAGGAAGGCAGCGGUGUGGCCUCUACAGAUCAUCCUCCUCAUCCUCUGUCCCGAGAUCACACACGUCAUCUCUCGAGAGGUGGUGGAGGAGAGCAAGGCCAACAAGAAGCUGUUCCUGGAGAGCUUGAGGAAGGCCCUAACAGGCCAGGGGGGCAGCAAGCAACUAACAGAGAGUGCUGCCAUCGCCUGUGUCAAACUGUGCAAGGCCUCCACCUACAUCAACUUGGAGGACCACUCCGGCAUCUUCCUCCUGGUGCAGUCCUUCGUGGUGGACCUCAAGGCCCUGCUCUUCAGCCCCACCAAGCCCUUCUCUCGCGGGGCAGGCAGCCAGAAUGCAGACGUGGACCUCAUGAUCGACUGCUUCGUCUCCUGUUUCCGUAUCAACCCUCACAACAAUCAGCACUUUAAGGUCUGUUUGGCCUCGUCCUCCCCCUCUACCUUUCACUUUGUUCUGGUCAACUCCCUGCACAGAAUCAUCACCAAUUCUGAUCUGGACUGGUGGUCUAAGAUUGAUGCAGUGUACUGCUACUCUGGAGAGCUGCGACUAAUGUUCUCAGACACUCUGAGCCGAGUGAUGCAAGGCCUUCACACACACGCCCCACUACGCAUGACACCGAGUCUGUCAUUUAAAGAGAAGAUGACCACCAGCCUUAAGUUCAAAGAGAGAACCACAGAUCUGGACACACGCAGCUACAAGUGCCUCCUCCUCGUCCUGGUCAAACUCAUCCACGCCGACCCCAAACUCAUGCUGCACAACCCAGGGAAGCAGGCUCAGGAGACUCAGAGCAGCACAGCAGAGCUGAUCGCAGGCCUGGUGCAGCUGGUGCCUUUGGCCAACACAGCCCAGCUCUCCCAGGAAGCCAUGGAGGCUCUGCUGGUGCUGCACCUGCCUGAGACCAUUGAGCUGUGGAACCCUGAGGCCCCCAUUGAAACCUUCUGGGACAUCAGCUCCCAGGUUCUCUUCCUGAUAUGUAAGAAGCUGAUUGGUCACCAGAUGGUGAACAGUACAGAGGUGUUGAAGUGGUUGAGGGAGAUCCUUAUCUGCAGAAACAAGUUCCUCCUCAAGAACAAGGAGUGUGCCACGCAGGGCAGUGGAAUCCCCAUCUGCAAACAGGCCCAGACCAAACUGGAGGUGUGUCUAUACAUGUUUCUGUGGAGCCCUGACACCGAGGCCGUGCUGGUGGCCAUGUCCUGCUUCAGACACCUGUGUGAGGAGGCUGACCUCCGCUGUUCCGCUGACGAGGUGCCCGUCCAGACCAUCCUGCCCAACUACGCCACCUUCACAGAGUUCGCAUCCGUCAGCAACAUGAUGGCCACCGGACGCUCUACCCUGCAGAAGAGAGUGAUGGCCUUGUUGAGAAGGAUAGAGCACCCCACUACAGGAAACACUGAGGCAUGGGAGGACACGCUUGCAAAAUGGGAGCAGGACACCAAACAGAUUCUUAACUUCCCCAAAAACAAGGUGGAGGAUGGUCAGGAGUGGAUCAACAUGACAGGCUUCCUGUGUGCUCUGGGCGGGGUGUGUCUGUCUCAGCGCAGCAAGCCCUGUGGCCCCGCCACCUACAGCCCCCCCAUGGGCCCCAUGAGCGAACGUAAGUACUCCAUGGUCUCUGUGGGCUCCUGUGAUGUCUCCAACGCUGGAACCUCAGCCACCUGCUCUUCCUCCGCUGAGACCCCCCUGGGCAGGUUCCUGGACCGCCUGCUUGCUCUGCUGGUAUGUGGUCAUGAGAGGGUGGGUCUGCAUGUCCGCACCAAUGUCAAGGAGCUGCUGGGGCUGGAGCUCAGCCCCGUCCUGUACCACAUGCUCUUCAACAAGCUCAGGAACAGCAUCGGACGCUUCUUCGACACACAGGGGCCGGUCCCCAUCAAUGAUACUAACACACAGUUUGUAGAACAGACCAUCGCCAUCAUGAAGAACUUACUGGACAACCAUGCUGAGGGCAGCUCAGAGCACCUGGGACAGGCCAGCAUAGAGACCAUGAUGCUCAACCUGGUCAGGUACGUGCGUAUCCUCGGCAACACGUUGCAUGCCAUCCAGAUGAAGACCAAGCUGUGCCAGUUGGUGGAGGUAAUGAUGGAGAGACGAGACGACCUGUCCUUCUGCCAGGAGAUGAAGUUCAGGAACAAGAUGGUGGAGUACCUGACAGACUGGGUGAUGGGCACCUCCAACCAGGCUGCUGAUGACGAUAUCAAGUGUCUGACCAGAGACCUGGACCAGGCCAGUAUGGAGGCGGUGGUGUCUCUGUUAGCUGGCCUGCCUCUACAACCAGAGGAGGGAGACGGGGUCGAGCUGAUGGAGGCCAAGUCCCAGCUCUUCCUCAAGUACUUUACUCUGUUUAUGAACCUGCUGAAUGAUUGCAGUGAGGUGGAGGAUGAUGGCCAGCCGGUGGUUGGGAGGAAGAGGGGCAUGUCUCGACGCCUGGCCUCCCUCAGACACUGUACUGUCCUGGCCAUGUCCAACCUCCUCAAUGCCAACGUGGACAGCGGACUAAUGCAUUCUAUCGGUCUGGGCUACCAUAAGGACCUGCAGACACGGGCCACCUUCAUGGAGGUUCUGACUAAGAUCCUCCAGCAGGGGACAGAGUUUGACACACUGGCAGAGACGGUGCUAGCUGACCGCUUUGAGAGGCUGGUGGAGCUGGUCACCAUGAUGGGAGACCAGGGAGAGCUGCCCAUCGCCAUGGCACUGGCCAAUGUGGUGCCAGGAUCCCAGUGGGACGAGCUGGCCCGUGUGUUGGUGACGCUGUUCGACUCCCGCCACCUGCUGUAUCAGCUUCUCUGGAACAUGUUCUCCAAGGAGGUGGAGCUGGCUGACUCUAUGCAGACUCUGUUCAGAGGCAACAGCCUGGCCAGUAAAAUCAUGACCUUCUGUUUCAAGGUGUACGGGGCGGCGUACCUACAGAAGCUACUUGAGCCUCUACUUAAAGGGGUCGUCACCACCCCAGAGUGGCACAACAUCAGCUUUGAGGUGGACACAACCAGACUAGAACAGUCGGAGAACCUUGAGGAGAACCAGCGGAACCUUCUCCAGAUCACAGACCGGUUCUUCCUGGCCAUUAUCAACUCCUCCAGCGAGUUCCCUCCGCAGCUACGCAGUGUGUGUCACUGUCUCUACCAGGCUACUUGCCACUCUCUACUGACUAAAGCCACAGUUAAAGACAGAAAGGAAAACAAAAAAGCAGUGGUGAGCCAGCGUUUCCCCCAGGACAGUAUAGGGGCGGUGGGCAGUGCCAUGUUCCUGCGCUUCAUCAACCCUGCCAUCGUGUCGCCCUACGAGGCAGGCAUCCUGGAUGAGAAGCCCCCACCCAGGAUAGAGAGAGGACUCAAGCUCAUGUCCAAGAUCCUCCAGAGCAUUGCCAACCAUGUGUUGUUUACCAAAGAGGAGCACAUGAGGCCUUUUAACGACUUUGUGAAAAGCAACUUUGAUGCAGCCAGGCGGUUCUUCUUGGACAUAGCAUCUGACUCUCCUCCAAGUGACUCAGUCAACCACAGCCUGUCCUUCAUCAGUGAUGGCAACGUUCUGGCCCUCCACAGGCUGCUGUGGAACAACCAGGAGAGGAUCGGACAGUACCUCUCAAGCAACAGGGACCACAAGGCAGUGGGCAGGCGGCCGUUUGACAAGAUGGCCACCCUCCUGGCCUAUCUGGGGCCACCCGAGCACAAACCUGUGGCCGACACACACUGGUCCAGCCUCAACCUCACCAGCUCCAAGUUUGAAGAGUUUAUGACCAGGCACCAGGUCCAUGAAAAAGAUGAGUUCAAAGCCCUGAAGACCCUCAACGUCUUCUACCAGGCUGGCACCUCCAAGAAUGGCAACCCACUCUUCUACUACAUUGCUCGCAGGUUUAAGACAGGCCAGAUCAACGGAGACCUUCUAAUCUACCAUGUGCUGCUGACCCUGAAGCCUUACUACGCCAAGCCAUACGAGAUCGUAGUGGACCUGACCCACGUGGGGCCCAGCAACCGCUUCAAGACAGACUUCUUGUCCAAGUGGUUUGUGGUGUUCCCGGGCUUUGCCUACGAGAACGUGGUGGUGGUCUACGUGUACAACUGCAACACGUGGGUGAGGGAGUACACCAAGUACCAUGAGAGGCUGCUGACAGGCCUGAAAGGCAGCAAGCGGGUGCAGUUCAUCGACUCGCCGGUGCGGUUGGUGGAGCACGUAGAGGCAGAGCAGCAGAAGCUCCCCGCAGCCACGCUAGCCCUGGAGGAGGACCUCAAGGUGUUCCACAAUGCCCUCAAAGUGGCCCACAAGGACACCAAGGUCUCCAUCAAGGUGGGCUCCACGGCCGUCCAGGUGACGUCAGCAGAGCGUACCCGUGUCCUGGGUCAGUCCGUGUUCCUCAACGAUGUGUACUAUGCCUCUGAGGUCGAGGAGAUCUGCCUGGUGGACGAGAGCCAGUUCACCCUGACCAUGGCCAACCAGGGUACACCCCUCACCUUCAUGCACCAGGAGUGUGAGGCCAUUGUCCAGUCCAUCAUCCACAUCAGGACGCGCUGGGAGCUGUCGCAGCCAGACUCAAUCCCCCAGCACACCAAGAUCAGGCCCAAAGACGUGCCGGGCACCUUGCUGAACCUUGCCCUGCUCAAUCUGGGCAGCUCUGACCCCAGCCUCAGGUCUGCAGCCUACAACCUGCUGUGUGCCUUAACCUGCACCUUCAACCUGAAGAUCGAGGGCCAGCUGCUGGAAACCUCAGGCCUGUGUAUCCCUGCCAACAACACCCUUUUUAUAGUCUCCAUCAGCAAGACGCUGGCCGCCAACGAACCCCACCUCACCCUGGAGUUCCUGGAGGAGUGCAUCUCCGGCUUCAGCAAGUCUAGUAUAGAGCUGAAGCACCUGUGUCUAGAAUACAUGACCCCCUGGCUGCUCAACCUGGUGAGGUUCUGUAAGCACAAUGACGACGCCAAACGUCAGCGCGUCAGCGCCAUCUUGGAUAAGCUCAUCACCAUGACCAUCAAUGAGAAGCAGAUGUACCCCUCUAUACAGGCAAAGAUCUGGGGCAGCCUUGGCCAGAUAACGGACCUGCUGGACGUGGUGUUGGACAGCUUCAUCAAGACCAGCGCUACAGGAGGCCUGGGCUCCAUCAAGGCUGAGGUCAUGGCUGACACGGCUGUGGCUCUGGCCUCAGGGAACGUCAAACUGGUCUCCAGCAAGGUGAUUGGCCGGAUGUGUAAGAUCAUCGACAAGACGUGCCUGUCUCCCACGCCCACCCUGGAGCAGCACCUGAUGUGGGAUGACAUCGCCAUCCUGGCCCGUUACAUGCUGAUGUUGUCCUUCAACAACUCUCUGGACGUGGCCACUCACCUGCCCUACCUGUUCCACGUGGUCACUCUGCUGGUGGCCACCGGCCCCCUGUCCCUCCGCGCCUCCACACAUGGACUGGUCAUCAACAUCAUCCACUCUCUCUGCACCUGCUCCCAGCUCAACUUCAGAGAGGAGACCAAGCAGGUCCUGAGGCUGAGCCUGACAGAGUUCUCCCUGCCUAAGUUCUACCUGCUGUUUGGCAUCAGUAAGGUCAAGUCUGCUGCGGUCAUCGCCUUCCGCUCCAGCUACCGCGACCGCUCCUUCUCCCCCGGGUCCUACGAGAGGGAGACCUUCGCCCUCUCCUCCCUGGAGACCGUCACUGAGGCCCUGCUGGAGAUCAUGGAGGCGUGCAUGAGGGACAUCCCAGCGUGCAAAUGGCUGGACCAAUGGACCGAGCUGGCCCAGAAGUUUGCGUUCCAGUACAACCCGUCCCUGCAGCCCAGAGCCCUGGUGGUGUUUGGCUGCAUCAGUAAGAGAGUGACCCACAGCCAGAUCAAACAGAUCAUCAGGAUCCUCAGCAAGGCCAGCCCCCUGCUCAGCAUAGACCGGGGGCUGGAGAGCUGCUUAAAAGGACCUGAUAACUACAACAGCCAGGUGUUGAUUGAGGCCACAGUCAUCGCUCUGACUAAGCUGCAGCCCCUUCUCAACAAGGACUCCCCCAUGCACAAGGCUGUGUUCUGGGUGGCUGUGGCUGUGCUGCAGCUGGAUGAACUCAACCUGUACUCUGCUGGGACGGCCCUGCUAGAGCAGAACCUGCACACUCUGGACAGCCUGAGAGUAUUCAACGACAAGAGUCCAGAGGAGGUGUUUAUGGAGAUCAGGCAUCCUCUGGAGUGGCAUUGUAAACAGAUGGACCACUUUGUGGGCCUCAACUUCAGCUCCAACUUCAACUUCGCACUGGUGGGACACCUGCUGAAAGGCUACAGACACCCGUCCCCCACCACGGUGGCUCGUACGGUGCGUAUCCUCCACACGCUGCUGGCCCUGGUCGGAAAACACCUCAACUGUGACAAGUUUGAGGUCAACAGCCAAAGCGUGGCCUACCUGGCAGCCCUGCUCACCGUGUCAGAGGAGGUGCGUAGUCGCUGCAGUCUAAAACACAGGAAGUCUCUGCUGCUGUCUGAGAUGGCCAUGGAGAACAUUCCCAUGGAUACCUACUCUCUGCACCACACUGACCCCAGCUGCAGGACACUGAGAGAGUGCCAGCUGUGGGCAUCUCCCAAGGUGUCAGAGCGCUAUCUGAAUGCCUACUACCCUACGGUGGGGCAGAUCAGCCCCCGUACACGCAAGUCCAUGAGCCUGGACAUGGGCCAGGCCUCCCAUGCCAACACCAAGAAGCUGCUGGGAACCAGGAAGAGUUUUGAUCACCUGAUAUCUGACUCCAAAGCACCAAAGAGACCAGAGACCGAGUCUGGCGUCACCACCCCGCCUAAGGUUAGGUGCGUGGCCGAGAACGACAAUGAGAUAGACAACCAAAGAAUGGGCCACUCCCACCUCCGCAAGAUGUCUGUGACCGAGUCCAAUGUCCUUUUGGACGAGGAGGUGCUGACUGACCCCAAAGUCCAGGCCCUGCUGCUCACUGUGCUGGCCACCCAGGUCAAGUACACCACGGAUGACUUUGACCAGAGGAUCCUGUACGAGUAUCUAGCUGAAGCGAGCGUCGUCUUCCCUAAGGUCUUUCCCGUCGUCCACAACCUGCUGGACUCCAAGAUCAACACGCUGCUGUCUAUGUGCCAGGAUACCAACCUGCUGAACCCAGUGCAUGGUAUCGUUCAGAGUGUGGUCUACCAUGAAGAGUCUCCUCCACAAUACCAACCCUCCUAUCUACAGAGCUUCGGCUUCAAUGGACUUUGGAGGUUUGCCGGACCCUUCUCAAAGCAAACUCAGAUCCCAGACUACGCUGAGCUGAUUGUGAAGUUCCUGGAGGCCUUGAUUGACCGAUACCUGCCAGGUACAGAGGAGGAGAGGAGCGAGGAGCACCUCCGUACCCCCACCUCCCCAUACCCCCCCGUCACCCAGAGCCAGCUCAGCAUCACCGCUAACCUCAACCUCUCCAACUCCAUGACCUCCCUGGCCACCUCGCAGCACUCUCCAGUCGUGGAUAAGGAGAAUGUGCAGCUCUCCCCCAGCGCAGCUCUCUCCACCAGUGGACGGAUCCGCCAUGGCUCUGCCAGUCAGGUGCAGAAACAGCGCAGCUCAGGCAGCUUCAAAAGGCCAAGCAUUAAGAAGAUAGUAUGAGAAAAAGAGCGAUGGAGAGAGUAAAAGCCAUUCAAAGGCCUUCUGGCCCACCAUGCCACAUCUUCCUGCACUCCUCUUUUUACCCUUUUUGUUUCCUUGUUUUCAUGAUGGAUGGUGGAUCAACCUGAGGAUCAUUGUUGUUUUGGGGAAGUAGCUGCGUUUGUCUCUGUGUUCCUUUGGUUGUCAGGCAUCUGGAGCAUUGCAACAUGAGAGGUUUGGAUGGGUGAAGAUACUUGCGUACAGAAAGUUGGGCCCAAAAAAAAUUUAUUUAGUUUUUGUUCAUUAAAAGGACUGAAACUGUCAUGGUGACUGAAAUAAUCCAUUCAUUCAGUAGUCAUCUAGAUUUUUUUUCUCAUUCUGUUGAAUUCUCAAAGAAUCCAGAUAUCAGUUAUACAUACAUACAUACAUACAUACAUACAUACAUACAUACAUACAUACAUACAUACAUACAUACAUACAUACAGUUGGGCAAAAAAGUAUUUAGUCAGCCACCAAUUGUGCAAGUUCUCCCACUUAAAAAGAUGAGAGAGGCCUGUAAUUUUCAUCAUAGGUACACUUCAACUAUGAUAGACAAAAUGAGAGAGAAAAAAUCCAGAAAAUCACAUUGUAGGAUUUUUAAUGAAUUUAUUUGCAAAUUAUGGUGGAAAAUCAAUAUUUGGUCACCUACAAACAAGCAAGAUUUCUGUCUCUCACAGACCUGUAACUUCUUCUUUAAGAGGCUCCUCUGUCCUCCACUCAUUACCUGUUUUAAUGGCACCUGUUUGAACUUGUUAUCAGUAUAAAAGACACCUGUCCACAACCUCAUACAGUAACACUCCAAACUCCACUAUGGCCAAGACCAAGGAGCUGUCAAAGGACACCAGAAACAAAAUUGUAGACCUGCACCAGGCUGGGAAGACUGAAUCUGCAAUAGGUAAGCAGCUUGGUUAGGAAAUGGAAGACAUACAAGACCACUGAUAAUCUCCCUCGAUCUGGGGCUCCACGCAAGAUCUCACCCCGUGGGGUCAAAAUGAUCACAAGAACAGUGAGCAAAAAUCCCAGAACCACAAGGGGGGACCUAGUGAAUGACCUGCAGAGAGCUGGGACCAAAGGAACAAAGCCUACCAUCAGUAACACACUACGCCGCCAGGGACUCAAAUCCUGCAGUGCCAGACGUGUCUCCCUGCUUAAGCCAGUACAUGUCCAGGCCCGUCUGAAGUUUGCUCGAGAGCAUUUGGAUGAUCCAGACGAAGAUUGGGAGAAUGUCAUAUGGUCAGAUGAAACCAAAAUAUAACUUUUUGGUAAAAACUCAACUCGUCGUGUUUGGAGGACAAAGAAUGCUGAGUUGCAUCCAAAGAACACCAUACCUACUGUGAAGCAUGGGGGUGGAAACGUCAUGCUUUGGGGCUGUUUUUCUGCAAAGGGACCAGGACGACUGAUCCGUGUAAAGGAAAGAAUGAAUGGGGCCAUGUAUCGUGAGAUUUUGAGUGACAACCUCCUUCCAUCAGCAAGGGCAUUGAAGAUGAAACGUGGCUGGGUCUUUCAGCAUGACAAUGAUUCCAGACACACCGCCCGGGCAACGAAGGAGUGGCUUCGUAAGAAGCAUUUCAAGGUCCUGGAGUGGCCUAGCCAGUCUCCAGAUCUCAACCCCAUAGAAAAUCUUUGGAGGGAGUUGAAAGUCUGUGUUGCCCAGCAACAGCCCCAAAACAUCACUGCUCUUGAGGAGAUCUGCAUGGAGGAAUGGGCCAAAAUACCAGCAACAGUGUGUGAAAACCUUGUGAAGACUUAAAGAAAACAUUUGAACUCUUGUCAUUGCCAACAAAGGGUAUAUAACAAAGUAUCAAGAUAAACUUUUGUUAUUGACCAAAUACUUAUUUUCCACCAUAAUUUGCAAAUAAAUUCAUAAAAAAUCCUGCAAUGUGAUUUUCAGGAAAAAAAAUUCUCAUUUCGUCUGUCAUAGUUGAAGUGUACCUAUUAUGAAAAUUACAGGCCUCUCAUCUUUUUAAGUGGGAGAACUUGCACAAUUGGUGGCUGACUAAAUACUUUGUUGCCCCACUGUACAUACAUACAUACAUACAUACAUACAUACAUACAUACAUACAUACAUACAUACAUACAUACAUACAACUUAUUCAGUGUAAGAACUGGACAACUUGAUGUUUGGUGACUGCUGCAUUAUGUGACAUAGAAAGAUGAGUGGGCGAAUCAAUGUUGGCGUCCGUGUUGGACCAUUAUGACAUUGAAAAAACAGAGGGAUAUUGAACCUGUAUACUGAAGGGCAGACUCUUGCCUCAGCUCCAACCCAACAGUCUACUCCAAACCAACCCCACUACUGCCUCACACCACCACCUCACAGCAAGGCUGCAGCAGCCAGUCGCCACCUCCAUCUAUGCCGGGUUGACCAAAUGUCGUUAGCAAAACCUUCACACCACAGUCUUAACCUGGAUUUGGAUGCACAUUGUCAUUUUGAUUCUUCCCAGUUGUGUACAUAUUUAUGUAUAGAAAGGAUAUACUCAAUAAUAAUAAUAAUAAUAAUAAUUGGGUUGUUUUAUCCAUGGUGUGCCUUUGUCAGGGUUUUCCGAUACAUUUAGUUUGUAUAAUAUAUAUAUAUGUAUAAUUGGUCUGGAAAAGAACAGGUAGUAAUUAUAUAGAGACUAUUGUGUUGACUCUAGGUGAAUGUAGAGGUGUGUUAACUAUGUCAUGAUCAUCAAGUAUACUAUCACCAAUAAUACCCUGCUGCCUGACAGUAUUUAACCUGUACAAGUAGUCCUCACUAAAUAUUGAAGCUAUUCUUUUUUAAACAUUUGCCAUGCAAGAAUAUGAAUUUUAAGAUACUGUAAAAACUUGUAAAUAUUUAAAGGCCUUUAUUUUAUUGAUUUGUAUCAUUUUUUUCGCUAUAUUUCAUUUGGAUUGGUUUACAGUUCUGACCGUGACUAGGAAAAUGAAGUAAUAUGCCAAACCCCAUCAGUAUUAGCAACUACUUGAAUACUUAAAUUGACAUAAUAUACAGUUGAAGUCAGAAGUUUACAUACACCUUAGCCAAAUAUGUUUAAUCCUGGUAAAUAUUCCCUGUCUGAGGUCAGUUAGGAUCACCACUUUUAUUUUAAGAAUGUGAAAUGUCAGAAUAAUAGUAUAGAGUGAUUUAUUUCAGCCUUUAUUUCUUUCAUCGCAUUCCCAGUGGAUCAGAAGUUUAUAUUCACUCAAUUCGUAUUUGGUAGCAUUGCCUUUAAAUUGUUAAACUUGGGUCAAACGUUUCAGGUAGCCAUCCACAAGCUUCCCUCAAUAAGUUGGGUGAAUUUUGGCCCGUUCCUCCUGACAGCUGGUGUAACUGAGUCAGGUUUGUAAGCCUCUUUGCUUGCAUGCGCUUUUUCAGUUCUUCCUACUUAUUUUCUACAGGAUUGAGGUCAGGGCUUUGUGAUGGCCACUCCAAUACCUUGACUUUGUUGUCAUUAAGCCAUUUUGCCACAACUUUGGAAGUAUGCUUGGAGUCAUUGUCCAUUUGGAGGACCCAUUUGCAACCAAGCUUUAACUUCCUGACUGAUGUCUUGAGAUGUUGCUUCAAUAUAUCCACCUAAGUUUCCAUCCUCGUGAUGCCAUCUAUUUUGUGAAGUGCACCAGUCCCUCCUGCAGAAAAGCACCCCCACAACAUGAUGCUGCCACCCCCCUGCUUCACGGUUGGGAUGGUGUUCUUCAGCUUGCAAGCAUCCCCCUUUUUCCUCCAAACAUAACGAUGGUCAUUAUGGCCAAACAGUUCUAUUUUUGUUUCAUCAGACCAGAGGACAUUUCUCCAAAAAGUACAAUCUUUGUCCCCAUGUGCAGUUGCAAACCGUAGUUGUGCAGUUGCAAACCGUAGUUUGGCUUUUUUAUGGCGGUUUUGGAGCAGUGGCUUCUUCCUUGCUGAGUGGCCUUUCAGGUUAUGUCGAUAUAGGACUUGUUUUACUGUGGAUAUAGAUUAUUUUGUAAGUGUUUCCUCCAGCAUCUUCCCAAGGUCCUUUGCUGUUGUUCUGAGAUUGAUUUGCACUUUUCGCACCAAAGUACGUUCAUCUCUUGGAGACAGAAUGCGUUUCCUUCCUGAGCGGUAUGAUUGCUGCGUGGUCCCAUGUUGUUUAUACUUGCGUACUAUUGUUUGUACAGAUGAACGUGGUACCUUCAGGCGUUGUGGAAAUUGCUCCCAAGGAUGAACCAGACUUGUGGUCUGCAAAAAAAAAUUCUGAGGUCUUGGCUGAUUUCUUUUGAUUUUCCCAUGAUGUCAAGCAAAGAGGCACUGAGUUUGAAGGUGGGCCUUGAAAUACAUCUACAGGUACACCUCCAAUUGACUCAAAUGAUGUCAAUUAGCCUAUCAUAAGCUUCUAAAGCCAUGACAUCAUUUUCUGGAAUUUUCACAGCUGUUUAAAGGCACAGUCAACUUGGUGUAUGUAAACUUCUGACCCACUGGAAUUGUGAUACAGUGAAAUUAUCUGUUUGUAAACAAUUGAUGGAAAAAUGACUUGUCAUGCACAAAGUAGAUGUCCUAACUGACUUGCCAAAACUAUAGUUUGUUAACAAGAAAUUUGUGGAGUGGUUGAAAAACAAGUUUUAAUGACUCCAACCUAAGUGUAUGUCAACUUCUGACUUCAACAUAUAUCAAAAUAUUGCUGUUGAUCACUGUGUAAGUCUACCACCUGUCUUAAGAUUGUGUGAUACAGAGUUGAUUGCAUUGAAGUUCUGGUUUGAUAAGAUUCCAAUACAUUUUCCUGAUUUCCUAUUCACAUACACAGAGGUGUCUCUUCUCUCUGGUUGAAUGAGGUUGAAUGAAUUCUACCUAUGAGUUCUCUCCUAUGGCCAAAUGAAAAGUUGUGAGGGGAAAUGAGGGCGGCCAUUACUUUGUCUGAAAGUCGUUGUUCCUCUAAAGUACCAGAGUCAUCCACACCCUUCCUCUUGAUUAUAACAUUUUCAUUUGUGCAUAUCAGUAAGGCUAUAUGGUGGAAGCUCUACCAUUACACUGCGUAUACCCAUCUCGAUUCCUGACCCUUUGUAUCUGCAGACAUGGAAGGGUUGGGAACGGCUGUUCAUGAACAGUCAUUGGGACAGGACCUCAAUCCCAGAUGCCCUUGCGUCAGAUCCAGGGACACUGCACCAAAGACUAGCUUGCACUAUGGGAAAGGAUAAUGAGGAUAUCCAUUCAUUCAAAACAUGUUUUAGAAAUGUUGCUCUUAAUGAACCAUGAUUACUUUUGUGUGUGUGUGUGUGUGUGUGUGUGUGUGUGUGUGUGUGUGUGCGUGUGUGUGUGCGUGUGCGUGUGCGUGUGCAAAGCUGUCAAGGCAAAGGAUGGCUACUUUGUGGAAUCUCACAUUUGAAAUAGAUUUGAAUUUGUUUAACACUUCUUUUUGGUUACUACAUGAUUCCAUAUGUGUUAUUUCAUAGUUGUGAUGUCUACACUAUUAUUGUACAAUAUAGAAAAUAGUCAAACUAAAUAAAACCCUGGUAUCAGUAGGUGUGUCCAAACUGGUACUGUAUAUCAGAACUUAAGAAGGGUACCAAAUGCAAUUUACACAGUUGGAUAACAAGGAAACCAAAUAAAUGAAUAAAUAUUGUUUUUGAAUCCAUGUGACAACUAAGAUUAGACAACUGUCAGGGAAAACAGCUUGGAUUAAUUAAUCAGCAGAGUAAUCGUCAGAACAUGUCAGUUUUCCAUAGCCGCCUUCAGGAUCUAGAAUGGCCUUUUGGUGUCCAUUGGGAUGACAAGGAUAUAUAUUGUGAGUAACCAUAGACUCUCAAAAUGAGUGGUUGGCAUGCACUAUUCUGAUUCACAGGCAAGAGUUUUGUGAAGUUGAAUAACAUAAAAUGUAACAUGUUUUAUUUGAGGUGCAAAAUAUUUUGUCACUGGAGUGUUGUUCCAAAUGUUUUUCUUUAAGUGGUAUAUUCACAUUUUUUGUACAAUUUGAAAAUGGUAUAUUUACUAUACUGUAAAUACUUGUGAUAAUAUUGUAUAAUUUCUUUUUUUGUAAAGCAGUAAUUUACUGUAUAAUGUGUAUAACACAUACAUGUAAUUAUUCCAUUGUUAAUAAAAGUUUUGGGCUCCACUUAAAAGCCA